GUUUAGUGGCUAAACUUGUACGAACCGAUGAGCAGUUCAAUUCACCAGAAAAUUUCAUUUCUAAUGUGUAUUACCGUUAAUCGUGUUCUGAUGACUAAUAAUUAUCACAUCAGCUUUCCUUUUAAUUACUACUCCGGUCUGCAAACAAUGUUUUGGAAUUCUGAGCGGCUAUACCGCUACAACCCGGUUUCAGGGUUGACACAAGUGCGUCCCUCAGUGGAAAUUUUUCUAGACACACGUGAGAAUGCAGUGCAAUAAUACAUAUAUAGUAAAAGGCAGCCUGUGAUAAAACAUGAAAGUCAAUACCACUUGUGGCAGCUGUUAUAACAAGACCUAGUGUACAUUAUAGGAUUGGACCUAUAUUCCUGCAGCUCAGAACAAGUGAAAUGUGGAAAAGUGGAACGUUUCAGUUGUCAGCUGACUUCAAUAACUGAACGCGAUCUAUUUUCUCCCUUGCAUCUAUUUUUCAGUUCAACAUUUGUGGAUUACGAAACGCCAUCAUCAAGGAAAAGCAGGAAUGGCCGAAGAGGUGGCCGAUUUGAGAAUAAGGGCUCAACAUCUUUUCGCCAUAUGCGAUAAGGAAGAGAAAGGUUUCGUCACGAAACGAGACAUGCAGAGAAUGCAGCACGAAAUGAUGUUGGAACCGGAACAAUUAGAAUUGGUAUUCGACUCGUUAGAUGCCGACGGAAAUGGAUACCUUACCUUUGACGAAUUUAUUCAAGGAUUCGGUAUUUACAUGGAAAACGAUUCAUCCGAAGUCAAGGCAGAAGAUUCAAGUGCUGCUCUGGAAGUGGUAAAUAGAACUUCCGACGGCGACGAAUUAGAAGACGACGACAACUUUAUGCAACUUUUAGAGAAUCUUGGUGGCCAAAACGUUUUUCAAGACGAGAAGUCUGUCAAGGUGCUGUGGGACCACUUCCGCCAAGAAUCUCCAGAUGCCGGAUUUCAAUUUGAAAAGUUCCUUUCCAACAUCUCAGACAGCAUCCACACCAAGGAGAAAGAGAAAGUGAACAUGGAGGUAUUCAUCAGAAACCAACACGAGACGCGCGAAGAAGAAAUGAAGCGCCUCUACGAGGAGAUGGAGCGUCAAAUUGAAGAAGAAAAGGAGCUCGUCAUUCGGAUGGAGAGGAUGAAGGAGUCUCAACUUCGCAAUGAAAUGAGAGAAGAAAUCGCGCAAAAGGAUCUACUACUGACGCAACUCCAAACCCGGGCGAAAGAGUUACAAGAGACACUCAGCCGAGUCCAAGAAAAUGAAACUACUAGCAAGCACGACGUAGCACUCCUACUGAAAGAAAAGAGAAUGUUGGAAAGCAAAUUGGAAAUUCAAACGAGUACCGCUGAAGAAUUACGAUCGGCUCUUGAGAAGCUGCGUCGGGAGAGUGUCAACGAACGACGACAGAGGGCCAUGUCUGCGUUUAAUGUGGCCGAAAAUAUCGCCGUCGAACGUGAAGGUUUGGUGGAACAAUUGUCUUUGCUUCGUUCAAUCAACACUCGGUUGACAGAUGAGAAUGACCUGCGCGAUUAUGGGGCUGGCAGCUUCGACAGCACCGAUGAACCGGCCAGCAUUUUCCGGGAAAUGGAGGAAGCCUCAGCAGCGCUCAUCUCCAAGUCAAACAAUCAACUCCAUUUUUUUCCGGAUCUGAUAAACGAAGAAUUCGAAGAUACGGAUAGUGUCGACGUCAUCUUUGAUUUAAACCUGCCCAAUCAAUCAGACAACACGAGCAUUCAACGUCAAAAGACGGCACCGAAGAAAAGCGCUAGCUUGUUUGACGAACUCGCUAGUGCUCUGAAUCUGGAAUCGCCGUCUUCGUUCGAUCGACCCGAGUCGGGUCUAUUCGACGGACAGCUGGAUCCGGAAAACAGUUUUCGUGAAAGUCUAAUUGAAGAGUUGGAUGACACGAAUGGCUUUAGCCCUUCGUCUAAACCAGUUUCGUGCUUGAAUCGGUUUUCAGCUCAAAGAAACGGCCACAUAACUGGCAAAUCGCAGCAACGUCUUCAGGAAGAAACACUAUCAACGAAAUUGUCAGUUGAAUGGCCGCCCGAAGAAUCUCCGCCUGCUCCCCCUAUGAGAGAAGAGCCUAAACAUAGUGUUACGUGGUCGACGAACGUAAUUCCCCCGUUAACAGAAACGAAUGCUAAUAGCACAAGCACAUUUGAAACCAGCUUACCACAUUUUCAGUUCCAAAACAGCUUCAUCUCGUACAACAACUCCCUGAUCGGAUACCACAACGGCCAAUGGAUUAACCGAGUUCAGUUGCGAAAGAGCGAACCUGUUACUCCAUCGGUCGUCUUCAAGAUCAUCGUUUUGGGCGAAAGUGGCGUUGGCAAAACUUCGUUUAUUCGCAGGUUCUGUUGCGACGACUACGUCGAACCACGAGCAUCGACGGUCGGGAUCGAUUUGAGCAUACGCUGUUUACCCAUCGGAGAUGACAACCAGUACUGCGCACUUCAGUUCUGGGAUACUGCAGGCAAACGCAACAGCCAAGAGAAAUAUCGCAGCAUAAGCCGGCAGUAUCUGCGCAAAGCUGAUGGCGUCCUUAUCAUGUACGAUGUGACGUCGGCGAUAUCGUUUCUCCAUGUGCGCUACUGGGUCGACUGUGUCAAAGAGGUGGUUGGCGAGGACGUCGUUUGCGUGCUGGUGGGAAACAAAACAGAUCUACUGGAAGACAGAGCGGACCAGGAGUCGACGGUGGAACACGAAGAGGAUCGACAAAUGACCGUAACAUUAACCCGCCAUCCCCAUCGUGUGCUAACAACGGACGCAAUGAAGCUCGCCCAAAGCGUGGGAUUGGAGUUCUUCGAGACAAGCGCCAAGACGGGUUAUAUGAUCCAACAAACGAUUGUCACCAUGGCGGCCAAACUACAAGUCCGGGAGAAAGUCGCUAUCGAAAAAAUAGCCUUGCACGUCGAAUCGAUGGAGACGGAGACAACAGCGACGGUGGCCAAAGACAAAAAAGCAAAGAAAUGCUGUCGUUCGUGAAUAGGAGUUGACGAUGGCAAGGCGUCGUGGCAAAGCUCUGUUUUAUCAGCCGUGUAAUUGGAUAACUUGCAUAAAUUAUAAUGAUGUUAUGUCGCUUAAA